AGAGGCAGAUCCCAUCCGGCUCGCUCUUCUCAGGCUCGCGCGUUAGCUGUGGCCAUGCACAUGUACACCAACUCUGGAGGCCAGGACCAGCCAGGGACCAGAGAGGAGGAGGAGGAUGGCGAUGAUUACGAGAACAUGGCACCACCCUACAAGGAUCUCCCUCCCAAGCCAGGUUCGAUGGCUCCCCCCAGGCCUCCAAGGGCAGAAAAGAAAACAGAGAAACCCCCACUCCCUUGCAAGUCCCCAAAGAUCAAAGGCCUGGACCUCACCCCUGUCACCUGCACGUCUUCUCAACUGGGUGUCAAUUCGGAGCAUCCUCCAUUCCAGCUGUCUCUCACCACGACUCCAGUGUCCCAGCUCGGUCAGAAGUCCAGAUGUCCUGGGUGCUACCAGGAGGAGAGACUGGUGGUGAUCCUGUGUCUGCUGGUGGUGGUGUCACUGGUCCUGGGCUGUACUGGUCUGGCUGUGACCCUCAGCAAGUACCAGGAGGUGGUGGAAGAGCUGAGGAUGUUAACCUUUCAGCAGAUGGCAUGGCAAGCCAAUGUGACUGGCACGGCAGGGCUGGCUGGCCUGAAGAAGGACAUUGACCGCGUAAGAACUCAGACCAACCUGUCCCUGGUAGAACUCCGGGGCUUAUUAGACUGUACCAAGAUCACCUGCCCUGAGGGCUGGCUCCCCUUUGAGGGCAAGUGUUACUACUUCUCCCCAAAUACCAAGUCAUGGGAUGAAGCCCGGAAGUUCUGCCAGGAGAACUACUCUCACUUGGUCAUCAUCAGUAGCUUUGCUGAACAGAAGUUUUUGGCCAAGGCUCAUGGCUCUCCACGGAUAUACUGGCUGGGGCUAAAUGACAAGGACCGUGAAGGGGACUGGCGGUGGCUGGAUGGGUCACCUGUCACUCUGAGCUUUUGGGAGCCAGAGGAGCCCAACAACAUCAAUAACGAGGACUGUGCCAGCAUGAACAAGGGUGGCACUUGGAAUGACCUCUCUUGUGACAAAACUACAUACUGGAUUUGUGAGCGGCAAUGUUCCUGUUGAACCCCAUGGCCGAGGGUGGGUGGGGGUCCAUACCGAGUGCCCCUUGACUCCGGGGAUGAGAACCUCCUGCCCUUCCAUGGAAGGCCCUGCCUCUCUGUGAACUGACGGAUACACCUAAGAUGAACCGGCAGCUUGGAUGCAGCAAGUCCCCUUGGGUGCAAGUGAGAGCAUUUCUAGGUGACGACUUGAGGGCUGUUCAACUGGACGAUGUCCUAGUCUGUUCUGGCUACUAUACCAGAAUACUGUAGCUUAUGGGUAGCUUAUGAACAAUUGAGGUUUAUUUAUUGAAUUUCUGGAAGCUGGGAAGCCCAAGAUGAAGGUCCAGUGUUUGGUGAGGGCUCACUUUCUGAUUCACAGAGGGCCGUCUUGCUGUGUUCUCCUAUGCUGCAAGGGCUGAGAACCCUCUGGGGUCCCUGUUAUAAGGACGAGAGAGUCCCACCCUUAUUGACCUAAUCAUCUCCCAAAGGCCCUGCGUCCUUGAGCGAGCACCUUGAGGGUUAGGAUUUAACAUAUGAAUUGAGUGGGGGACACACAAUCCAGUCUGUAGUGGGUGGUGAGCUGGUGGGAGACCAAGUUUUAAACACUGUCUCCCAGUUCUGGGGUCUGGAGGAAACUCACUAAGUCCUUGGUCAUGGCUCUUAGGAAGCAAUCCUGGCCACAGGGGCUCCCAGUCUGGUAAUGACUGAGCUGGAGCGGAAAAUUUCCUGGCACCUCUGGACGCAGGUGUGCUGGGCUCCCUUACUGCCUCCCCAAUGGGGAACAGCUUUGGGAAAGCAGGUGGGGGAAAAUUAUUUUUGGGAAGCAACUUUCUCAAUGUCCCAGGUGAGGUUUGCCUGACCGAGGGGGCAGAAUCAAGCCUCUGCCAAGACUCGGCCUGUGAAGCUUCUAGAAAGGCAGACCAACUGAAAGGCAAGACUGUCCCCUCCCUCAGUGUGUGUCCCAGGACAGCCGUGGCUUUACCUACCUGCAUGUGCCUUUAGGCUGUGUGUGGUUUGUAAAGAUCUUUGAUGAAUAAUUCACUUUUACUUGGAGUGGACCUUCUUGGGCUAUCAGCUCCUGCAGAAAAUGUCCGUUCAGCAUGUGGCCCUUGCCCACUGUGGUGGUUUGCUCGGGGCAGGGGAAGGGGCUGUGCCACAAUAAAGCACCGUAG